AAACUGACAUUUGAGAAUUGUUCUGCCCAUCACGUUGUACAUAUUCUUUCUUAUUAAGGAUUGAUGUCAGUUUUUUCCAAUAUCUGAUACAAAAACAAUGUUGCGUUCAAUAUUAGCAAGAUCUAUUUCGACCACAUAUCGCAGGCGACAGCUCUCGCAUCUUCCAUUGGUUGAGCAGUUUCAAUCAAGCCCAGAAUACCAAACAGUAAGGCAUAGAACAUCAACACCCUUGAACACAAUUAUAAUGUUCGUACCUCAACAAGAAUCAUGGAUUGUCGAACGAAUGGGAAAAUUUAAUCGUAUACUGGACCCCGGCCUGAAUUUUCUACUGCCACUUGUUGAUCGUGUAAAAUAUGUACAAAGCUUAAAGGAAAUUGCAAUUGAUGUACCGAAACAAAGCGCAAUUACUGUCGAUAAUGUGACGCUUGGAAUUGAUGGAGUUUUAUAUUUACGAAUCGUUGACCCAUAUCUAGCUUCUUACGGAGUCGAAGAUCCAGAAUUUGCAAUUACACAGUUGGCACAAACGACGAUGCGAUCAGAACUAGGUAAAAUGACCCUAGAUAAAGUAUUCCGCGAACGUGAAUCUUUAAACGUCAGUAUCGUGGACGCCAUUAACAAAGCUAGUGAAGCAUGGGGAAUUACAUGUCUUCGUUAUGAAAUAAGAGACAUUAAAUUGCCGAACCGUGUACAUGAAGCAAUGCAAAUGCAAGUAGAAGCCGAAAGGAAAAAACGCGCAGCAAUAUUGGAGUCAGAAGGAGUACGUGAAGCUGAAAUCAACGUGGCCGAGGGAAAAAAAAGAGCACGGAUUCUGGUCUCAGAGGCGCAAAUGAUGGAACAAAUCAACCGUGCAACUGGCGAAGCCAAUGCUAUGAUUAAAGUUGCUGAAGCACGAGCUACUGGCUUAAAUGUGAUUUCAAAAGCGCUAUCACAAAACCAUGGAAAUAAUGCAGCGUCUUUAACUAUUGCUGAGCAAUAUGUAAAUGCAUUCAAUCAAUUGGCUCGCACGAAUAAUACCAUCAUAUUACCGUCUAAUGUUGGUGAAGUUUCGUCUUUAGUAACACAGGCAAUGUCCAUUUAUAAAACCAUUACAAACGAGAACAAAUCAACGAACAUGGAUGAGAAACCGUCACAAUAAUUGCUAGAAUCCGAAUUUCUAAUAUCAGAAAUAAAAAUGAUUUCCAAUAUAUA